GGUGAUUUCAUCAUGUUGAUCAAUGAAGACAUAGCUUGGAAAUGGAUCAAGACUUUUGUUUAUUUGACAAUUUGCAUUACCUCUGCUGUGGGUAAUGAGGAAGCAUCCCGAAAGUGUGCUGACUUCAACAACACCACUUUGCUGGGAUACAGACAGGGCACCAAGCUCCAGGUUCAGUACCUUCUUCUUUCACGAAAGAAUGCAGACUGUGCCAGCCUCUUCACACAGGACUGCCUCAACCAUACCCAGAAACACACGCAUUACUUCAACUCAUCCCUCCCCACUAAAGUCAUUGUUCAUGGAUACAGGGCUCUGGGCAGUAAGCCUUCCUGGGUGAGUGGCUUAUCCCAGGCUCUACUGCGGGAAGAGGACGUGAAUGUUCUGGUGGUGGACUGGGUCUAUGGAGCCUCCUUUGCUUAUAACCUGGUGGUAGAUAACUACAAGGAGGUGGCGGUGCAGAUAUCAGUGCUUAUCAAUCAGCUUACGAAGUAUGGAAGCACGCUGGAAUCUUUUCAUUUCAUUGGUGUGAGUCUUGGAGCACACGUGUGUGGAUUUGUAGGGACCAUUUUUGAAGGCAAACUGGGUCGAAUUACAGGUCUGGACCCAGCAGGCCCGAUGUUCAAGAGUGCUGAUCCAUUUGACCGUCUGGAUUCAUCUGAUGCUUUGUUUGUCGAGGCCAUUCACACUGACUCUGACUACUUUGGUAUAUCUAUUCCUGUUGGGCAUGUGGACUUCUUCUUAAAUGGCGGAAUGGACCAAGCCGGUUGUGCACGCUCAAAGUUUGCUUCAAUUUUUAUCUACUUUCCAGUGUAUGGUUAUGUCAUUUGUGACCACAUGAGGGCCCUGCACGUCUACAUGAGCGCCCUGAAUAGCUCGUGUUCCCUUAUUGGUGUCCCCUGCUCCAGUUAUGAGGAAUUCCUGGCGGGAAAAUGCGUCACCUGCGAGGGGUCCUUCAAGGGCACAUGCCCGCAAAUAGGCUUGUUAAAGAACAGUGGGAUAACAGCGAAUCCCCUGCCAACUCAAGAGAAGGUCUAUCUUCUGACCACUGCUACGGCUCCUUAUUGUGCACAUCACAUCCUAGUGGAAUUGAAGGUUUCCCCUUUAGACAAGACUGCUGAAGUUCAGCUCACCCUGAUCUCUGUGGGACACCCUGAGACAGAGUUGACACUCAAAAUACAUACAGAUGAAAUGGUGCAUAAAAAGGUGGCUGCACACCCAGAGCAACUGUGUAAAAUUGACUCAGUGCAGCUGAAAAACACAGGAGGACGAUUCUACAGACAAGGAGAUAUUCAUUUUGAGUAUAUCUGCAUCUCUGAAAUCCCUCAAACCAGAGGGCUGGUUCCAUUAUGUGUGAAGAACAUUAAUAUUGGACGGGGAGUGCCAUGGUCACACGACUUUGUACAGUUGUGCUAAAUUAAAAGAACACAAAAUCUACUUAAGAGAGCUUAUACAUAAGUCUUUAAUUAGUAAGACUCAAGCAAAGGUCACACACUAAAACUUGGGUCGGGAGGCAUUAAAGCUUGGCGACAAAGACAUAAAUAGGAUACAAGGGGAGUGAAAUGCUUAAACUCUGUUAGAUAUAUUUAUUAUGCUUUAGCCCUUAUAUAAUGUACAAUAUGAUUUUUGUGCACUGUUGCAGAGAGUGUUAGUGAAAUAUCAGCCAAGAGGAAUCAAGUCAGUCAUUCAACACUCAGUAGUUCUUUUAUGUGUUAAUAUGUGUGUUGAAAGUGCUGGUUCACUUCAAAUGAUUAAAAUGUUUGGAGUGGUGCAACACUCAAUGUGCAUUUCAUUAUUUUGGCACUUUGAUUAGCGUCUCUAACUGCAUACUGCAUUCUUGAUAUUAAAACUCAACUCUGUUCAUAAACCAUUAGGGAUAAGUCAGAUUUUAAACCCAGCACUUAACAAUUGGCCCCAUGAAAUAUUGUUUUCAUCAAAUGGUCAUUGUAAAGUUUCACAGAAGAUGAUGCUGAAGCAUUUACUAACGUCCUAUUAUGAUAAAGCACACACUUUUGUAAUAAAUCUCAUUAUCUAUCUAAUAUAAAGAAUUGCUGUUGAAAUUCAUUUGUGUUUGAAAAUCUAAUUGGUUGCCUGUCUCAUGUAUUCCAAACAGAUUUAAGUACUAUGUAAAUGCCAGUACAAAUAAAAAUAAAACGGUCA